AUGGCAUCGACCGACGUGCUCAUCAUCGGCGCGGGCUGGUCCGGACUCUCGGCCGCGCUCCGCCUCUCGCAGGCAGGGCGCAAGGUCGUCGUCGUCGAGGCACGCCAGCGCAUCGGCGGCCGCGCCUUUACCCACUCGUGGAACGACGACACCACCCUCAACGACACCGGCCGCAACGUCCAGCAGGAUGCCGCCGCCGCUUCCUCCGCCGCCAGCACCACCUACACCUGCGACUUUGGAUGCAGCUGGAUGCACGGCUACAACGAGGGAUCCCCGCUAAAGGCCCUCGUCGAGCGCUACGGCAUCGAGGCACACGUGCCCAACCCCACAAAGACGGUCCUCGUCGGUGACAAGGGCGCCCUCCCCGCCGACCUCGCGACCAAGAUCGGCGCCAACCUCGCCGCCGCCCAGGACGCCGCAAGGGACCUCGCACAGAACCGCGGAAGCACUCGGCCGCCCGCGUCCCAGUCGCUCGCCUCGUUCCUCCUGAGCCCCUCGUCGCCCCUCUUUGACGGCCUGUCGAGCGACGAGCACAGGCACGCCGCCGGCCUCGCCCGCUCCCUCCACGUGCCCCUCGGCGCCACCCUCGAGCAGGUCGGCCUCCGCUUCAACGGCUUCGAGCACAACUACGCCGGCACCGACGCCGCACCCGCCGGCGGCUUCACCCGCCUCAUCAAGAAAGUCGCCGAUGAGGCCAUCUCGCUCGGCGCAGAGAUCCGCACCGGCCUCGUCGUCGACCGCAUCGCCCUCGCCGACGACGGGAAGAGCGUCGUCGUCUCCACCCGCUCCUCUGCCGGCGACGCCGCCGCCGAGACCACCACCACCAACAUCGAGGCCAAGACGGCCGUCUGCACCAUCCCCCUCGCCGUGCUCAAGGAAAACGUCGGCAUCUUUAAGCCCAGCCUGCCCGAGCGCAGGCAGGCCAUCAUUUCGCGCACCUAUGUGGGCAACCUCAACAAGGUGCUGCUGGCCUACGACGAGGCGUGGUGGGACAAGGAGGUGGGCACGUUUAUGGUGCUGCCCACCCGGGAUGCGCCGUCGGACGCGUCGUCGGGCAGCCUGCAGGACCUCUUCGCCUCGACGACGCUCAUCGUGUCGUCGCUGUGCGCGCCCAACGGCUUUCCCUCGUCGGAGCCAUCGCCGGCGGGCUGCGGCGGCGGCAGGUCGAGCUCGGUGUCCAACUCGCUGCUCGUCAUGGUGGGCGCCGACGCCGGCAAGGCCAUCGAGGCGCACGACCGCGUCGAGGUGGGCAGGCAGCUCCACGCCUACCUCGCCCAGCGACUCGCCGCCGAUGGCGGGGCCGGCAAGGGACCCAAGCACAUCUUCUACUCGCGCUGGGCCAAGCAGCCCUUCACUCGGGGCGCCACCACGACGCCCGUGGUGGUUGGCGAGGACAACAGCCCACUCGACUUUACCGAGCUCGGCCGGCCGCUGUGGGAGGGGCGACUGGGAUUUGCCGGCGAGCACACCGACCAGGACCACCGCGGAUCGGCGGCAGGCGCCUACGUGAGCGGCGAGCGCGAGGCCGACCGGCUGCUUGCGUUUUUGAACAAGCAUCACGCCCAGGCCCAGCAGCAGAAGCUCUGA